UUCCAGCGUUCCUUGUUCCAGGUAUCAUGAGUCGUCUUGGUCCAAAUUAGAGCUUACUGUAGUUAUUGUUGUGUUGUGUUGCUGUAUCAUCUUUUAAAACUUAAUUCAGCUUCCAUGAAACAUGGGAAAAAUAAAAAAGAAAAGUUCUACAGAGGAAGCGAAAAAAUACAGAAGAGAACGAGAACUUGCAAAUGCUAGAAAUCGGAAAUACAAAGCCAAUCUGUCUGAAGAAAAACUAGAAGAGAAGAGGAAAAGGGACCGAGAGAGGUACCAUCGGCUGAAGCAAGAAAAGAAAAUCAAGUUGGUUGGAGAAAUGACUGAAAAGGAAAAGAGUCAAGAAAAAUCUGGAAAAAAAGAAAGGCAGCGCUGAGGAAGAAAAAAAAGGAAGAAGAAUCUGCGUUGAAAAAUACCCCACCUAACAGUGACACAGAAGAUAAUAUAGGCCUACCAGUUAUGAACACAAGUUCACGGCAAAGGCAAAAAGGAAGAAAGGUCGCCCGGAGAGACCGGGCAAAAGCAUAUAAAGAACUAAAAAAGCUGAAAGAAGAAAAUAAAAAACUAAAUUCCAAGGUCGAAAAGUAUAAAAAAAGACUUUAUAGGGAGCAAAAUAAGAACAAAAAUUCACCUUCACCUUGCAAGAAAGUAAGACAUCUUGUAGGAUCCGAAAAAAUAUCUCCAAAAAUAAAAAAAAGACUAUUUGCAGGAUACGUUCUUGAAAAACAAAUAAAAUCAUCAAUAGAAAAAAGCAAACCAAAAUCUAAAGAACGCCAAAUAAUGGCUAAAGUCAUUGGAACAAAAAUUCUCAGAAAAUACAGGGUACAAAAACAGUUCACGUCUAUUGUUUCGUAUGAUAGAAAUAAGAAGAUGGUAGAUGGUGAAUUAAAAUUUGAUCGCAAGACUUACUCAACAGUUUCUGUAAAAGAAGCAAUGGCCCUUAGAAAGUUCUACUUGAACGAUACAGUUUCCAAGAUGAUGCCUGGAAAGAAAGACUUUGUUAAAAAACGCAAUAUAAAAAUGCAACGUCGAGUUCUACUAGACUCACUGAAAAAUCUUCACAAGAGAUUUGUUGAUGAAACAAACUUAACAAUUUCUUAUAGCACCUUCACUCUGGCUCGUCCUUUUUGGGUUCAAAAACCUAAGCCCAGAGACAGAGAAACAUGCGCAUGUUCAAAACAUGACAAUAUUGAAUUUGUUGUCAAUGCUUUGUCUAAAGCCAAGGCAAUUGUAUUCCAAACCGCCCAUGAAGUAGUUAAGUCAUUAGUUUGUUCCACAAGAAACAAAAACUGUAUGUUUGGAAAAUGUAAGAAAUGCAUUGUCAAUCAAGUUUAUUUUGAUGAAGAUUCUGAUCAGGUGGUCAAGUUAAGUCAGUGGAUGAAUAAAACGGAGAAGAAAAUGAUAAGGGGAAAAGAAAAAGAAAUAAAGAAAGUUGUGAAAUUCACAAAAGAGUACCCUAUUGACGAAGUAAUAAAAAUGUUUAAGGAGCAAAUCAUUGAAUUCAAACAACACAUCUAUGCUAUGAAGCAUCAAUGGGAUGCACUCAACUCUGUGUUAGAGAAUCUUAAGGAAGGAGAACUGGUAUUUCAGAUCGAUUUCUCUCAAAAUUAUGUUAGCAAGUGUUCCACUGAAAUACAGAGUAUGCACUUCGGUGCUUCCAAGUCCCAAAUCUCCUUACAUACAGGAGUCAUGCACUACAGGAAUGGCAACGAAAUCAAAUGCCAAUCUUUUUGUACCAACUCAGACAACAUAGAUCACAUGGCAUAUGCCGUUUGGGCACAUUUAGAGCCCAUUUUGGAAAAGGCUGCAACAGAUUUUCCGAAAACACACACUGUGUAUUUUUUUUCGGACAGCCCCUCCUCACAAUACAGAAAUAAGACAAAUGUAUACUUCAUGAGAGAACGCUUGCUGACGAUUUUUAAAUCAAUCAGUAAGUUUUCUUGGAACUUCAUGGAAGCCGGCCAUGGGAAAGGGGCCAUGGACGGGGUUGGAGGGUCCUUAAAAAGAAAUGCUGACGACCUAGUUUUACAUGGUUUAGAUAUUAUGUGUGCGAAAGACUUGACCAAUGCCUUCAAAACUAGCUCUACUCAUGUAGUUGAAGUGGCUAGCUCGGAAAUAGAAAAGUUCAAAAAACUAGUUCCACAAAAAUUGAUUCCAAUCAAGGGAAUGAUGAAAAUACGUCAGCUCUUAUGGAAUGGAACAAAUAUGUACGGACGAACAAUGUCUUGUUUCAAGUGUGACAAUAAAUGUGGACAUUUUCAUUUCAACACAAUCGGUCCCUUGCUUGAAGUGCCUGAAGUGAAAAAAACACAAAAAAAAAUUAAACUUAGAAUUUCAGAUAUUUACUCCAGUUCAGAGGAAGAUGAGCCUAAAGAACUCAUCAACAUCACUUACGAUUCAAAAUUUGACUACCAUGAUUUGAAACCCGAAGUGUUCAUAGUUGUAAGCUUCAAUCUGGGGAAUAAAAAUAAAAAAAACUAUGUAGCUGUAAUCCAAAGAGAGGUAUCUGACGACAGGGAGGCAGAAGUGAUGUUCUUAAAAACGAACGACAACAAGAUUUUUCAACCUAACCCAAGUGACAUUUCAUGGAUCAGCUGUGAUGAGAUUUUGGGAAUUCUGCCGACACCUAAAAUGACUUUCCAGGGAGACCGUCUGUUUUUCAACUUUGAAAAACCUGUUUUGUUCUAGACUUUUGUUUCCUCUUGAAGAACAGUCCAUAUAAAUAUUAAUUAUUAUGAGUUUGUGUUGUGACUAAAUAUUGUAUUUUUGUUAUUUCAAAAGCUGGCACUCUUUGUAUACUUGUACUUUUAUACUGUAUAUAUAUUAGAAGUUUGUGUUGUUAUUAAAUAUUACUUUUUGUCAGGUUACAUAUUUUAAUAGCUGACGUUUUCAGUAAAUCUAGACUUUGUUUCCUCUUGAAGAACAGUCCAUAUAAUUAUUAAUUAUUAUGAGUUUGUGUUGUGACUAAAUAUUGUAUUUUUGUUAUUUCAAAAGCUGACACUCUUUGUAUACUUGUACUUUUAUACUGUAUAAUUAUAUUACAAGUUUGUGUUGUUAUUAAAUAUUACUUUUUGUCAGGUUAUAUAUUUCAAUAGCUGACGUUUUCAGUAAACUUCAUACUUCCUUCUUCUCCUCGCAGACGGCUUUAGUCUCCUCGCAGACGGCUUUAGUCUCCUCGCCGACACUUGUCUCUUCGCGGAUGAUUU